GGAAACGGAAACAAACAGAAAAUACAGCAAUUUUUCACCAUUUCAAGUCAGGUUAGGUACAAGAGCUCAACCUCAUCAACGAUUAAAGACCAAUUAGAGUGGAUUCUGAGUUCUUGAAAACGAGAGAGCGAGUGUUGGCCCUCACAGUUGUUUUCAGGAGUUUCUCGCCGUGAUCUUUAUGUGAGGAUCGCGAGGGAGGAGAGACGCGGGGCUGACAGAGAGAGAGAGAGAGAGAGAGAGAGAGAGGCAGGGAUAUAAACUGCACCAGGAGGCAUUUUCCACUGCUUUGAACCUUACCACAUAGGUGCCCGUCAGGCUGAAUCAUGGAGGCCAUUGCCAAGUAUGAUUUCAAAGCAACUGCAGAUGAUGAGCUGAGUUUUAAACGUGGGGAAGUAUUGAAGGUAUUAAAUGAAGAAUGUGAUCAGAACUGGUAUAAGGCAGAACUAAAUGGCAAAGACGGUUUCAUUCCUAAAAACUACAUCGAGAUGAAGGCACAUGCGUGGUUCUUUGGGAGAAUCCCCAGGGCCAGAGCGGAGGAGAUCCUAAACAAACAGAGGCACGACGGAGCCUUCCUCAUUAGAGAGAGCGAGAGCGCACCUGGAGACUUCUCCCUGUCCGUCAAGUUUGGCAAUGAUGUACAGCACUUCAAAGUGCUGCGUGAUGGGGCUGGAAAGUACUUCCUGUGGGUCGUGAAGUUUAACUCUCUCAACGAGCUGGUGGACUAUCACCGCACCACUUCCGUUUCCCGAAACCAACAGAUCUUUCUACGAGACAUCGAGCAGGUGCCUCAGCAUCCAACAUACGUGCAGGCACUGUUCGACUUCGACCCUCAGGAGGACGGAGAGCUUGGCUUCAGACGCGGAGACUUCAUUCAGGUCCUGGACAACUCUGACCCCAACUGGUGGAAGGGCGCCUGUCACGGCCAGACGGGCAUGUUCCCACGCAACUACGUCACGCCUGUCAAUCGGAACAUGUAAAG